AGUUAUUAUUUUAUUUCAUACAGAAAGACAAAUAAGUUAUCAAUUUGCUGCUUGUAAUCUCCAUUCUCUUAUUACAAUUCUCUCUCUCUCUCUCUCUCUUUUCAGACACACUCUCUCAUGGCAACUUGUUUCACCCCCUUCUCCAUUUCAGGUGGAUCUCAUGUCAAGUCACCUGAGUUGUGGUUAACAAAGGGUAACUCAUUUGGGGUUGGAACUAAGGUCAGUGUUCAAAGGAGAUCAAAUCUCGUGAUCAACAAGAACCGCAGGUCAUCAAUUUGUGCAGAAUACCGUGAUAAUAGAGGAGGUGGAGGUGGAGAUUUUCUUGCUGGCUUUCUUCUGGGUGGUGCAAUUUUUGGAACUGUUGCUUAUAUCUUUGCUCCCCAGAUCAGAAGAUCUCUGCUAAAUGAGGAUGAGUAUGGAUUUCGCAAGGCCAAAAGACCAAUGUAUUAUGACGAAGGGUUAGAGAGGACCAGGCAGACCUUGAACGAGAAGAUAGGGCAACUAAAUUCUGCCAUUGAUAAUGUAUCUUCACGUUUGAGAGGUGGCAACAACGUGCCUGCUGCUAAGAUAGAAAGUGAUCCUGAGGUGGAAGCUACCAUGUGAGAUGCAUUCACAGUUUGAUACUGCGAUCGAUGAUGCUUUCAAGUCAUGAAUUCUAAGAAUUGAAAAUCGAGUCUAUGCUUUUUUGACGGGUUGAAAGAUGUGAAGUCUUGUUGCUGGACUAAUAUAGUUAAAGCUGUCAAAUUAUUACUUUUUAAAUUUUGUUUAAUAAUGGAUGAUUUUGUUUGUGCAUGAUUCA